CCGCUCUCGCGAGACUUGGGCGCGGGUAUAUAAGCGCGUGUCGCCCCGCCCCCCUUCCUCCUCGUCUGCUCGCGCCGCCGCCGCUUCGUCCGCCAUGGGCCACCAGCAGAUCUACUUCUCUCACCCGAGGAAGUUCGGCCAGGGCUCGCGCUCCUGCCGCGUGUGCUCCAACCGCCACGGACUCAUCCGCAAGUACGGCCUCAACAUGUGCCGCCAGUGCUUCCGUCAGUACGCCAAGGACAUUGGCUUCCAGAAGCUCGAUUAAAGCCGGCGGCGGAUGAGAGGGAUGGAAGGCGUCGUUGCCUCCACUCUGAGCUCGCGUCGCCACCGCUGUUAUUUUGGGUUUUAAAUAAACGAUGUGAGAUGAG